CGGGCCGGGGCAGGAUGGAGACGCGCCUUGAAACUCCUCACCUAUGACUCAAGCUGAACCUCCCCUAGCCUUUUGUACCCGUGCUUCCCACUGCCACAUCCUGUAUUCCGUGAACCUCGUUGUGUUGUCUGUAAAGUGCAGGCAAGGUACAUACCCUCGGGCGAGGAACAGUCGACAGCCUUUGUGGACGUCGUUAUUGCCACUUGACAUCGAGAAGCCCUCAUAGCCGCCGAAAACGGCACUUGCCUUGCCAUAGGUUUCCGUCCGCGCACACAGCUCAAAAUGCCGAUGCUUAAGGAUCCUUCGAAAAAGUACAAGAGGUUCCCGCCUCUGAACCUCCCAGACCGGCAAUGGCCAGACAGGACUAUCGACAAAGCCCCGCGAUGGUUGGCGACAGACCUUCGGGAUGGCAAUCAGAGCUUGGUUGAUCCCAUGAACGGAGACCAGAAGUGGCGAUACUUCCGCAUGCUGUGCGAGCUCGGCUACAAGGAGAUCGAGGUUUCCUUCCCCUCGGCUUCGCAAACUGACUUCGACUUCACGAGACGCCUGAUAGAGACACCAGGAGCUGUGCCUGACGACGUGUGGCUGCAGGUGCUGUCCCCUUGCAGAGAAGACCUGAUCAGGCGCACCGUCGAGUCUCUUAAAGGCGCCAAGAAGGCCAUUGUCCACAUCUACCUCGCCACCAGUGAAUGCUUCCGCAGGAUAGUUUUUGGUUUCACCGAGGAUGAGAGUGUCGAGCUGGCCAGCCGGUGUGCGGCGCUGGUCCGGUCUCUGACCAAGGACGACCCCUCCCAGUCAGGGACGGAAUGGGCGUUCGAGUUCAGCCCGGAGACCUUCUCAGACACCAGCCCGGAGUUUGUCGUGAGGAUCUGCGAGGCAGUCAAGAAGGCCUGGGAACCGUCGGUCGAGAACCCGAUCAUCUUCAACCUUCCGGCCACGGUCGAGAUGUCGACCCCGAACAUCUAUGCCGAUCAGAUCGAGUACUUUUGCCGGAAUAUCAGCGAGCGUGAGAAGAUCUGUGUCUCGCUUCACCCGCACAACGACCGGGGCUGCGCUGUCGCCGCGGCUGAGCUCGCCCAGAUGGCUGGCGCUGACCGGGUUGAGGGAUGCCUCUUUGGCAACGGAGAGAGGACCGGAAACGUUGACCUCGUGACCCUUGCGCUGAACCUCUACACCCAGGGCAUUUCACCUAAUAUCGACUUCUCGGACCUCAACAAGGUCAUCAGAGUAGUGGAGGAAUGCAACAAGAUUGAGGUGCACCCGCGUGCGCCGUACGGCGGUUCCCUCGUCGUAUGCGCUUUCAGCGGUUCACACCAGGACGCCAUCAAGAAGGGAUUCCAGCUCCGCGAGAAGGAAGGCAAGUCAUACGAAGAUUACUGGCAGAUUCCCUACCUUCCCCUCGAUCCCAAGGAUAUUGGUAGGGAUUAUCAAGCCGUCAUCCGCGUCAACUCGCAAAGUGGCAAGGGCGGUGCCGCCUGGAUUAUCCAGCAGCAUCUGCACCUUGACCUGCCGCGUGGGCUGCAAGUCGCCUUUGCAAAGGUGGUCCAGGACAUGGCAGAGAAGAAGGGCCGAGAGCUCCUUCCGACCGAAAUCACAGAUCUGUUCCGCCAAACCUACUCCCUCACACAGAACCCACGGUUCAGCAUCGUCGACUACACCAUCUCGCCGGACCGAUCUGCCUCGCCGACACCACCUGAACCGGGCAGAACCCAGGACACGACGAACCUCAAGAGGGUGUUCGAGGGGGUUAUUGCGAUCGACGGGACCGAAUACAAGCUCCGUGGCCGUGGAAAUGGUCCGAUCUCCAGCCUCGCCAACGCCCUUCGGACGGUUGGCAUAGAUCUCGACGUCCAGGAUUACAAGGAACAUGCCGUCGGCCGGGGUCGUGAAACCAAGGCCGCGACGUACAUAGAGUGUACAGCGGCUGGAGCGAACGAGAAGGUCUGGGGCGUGGGCGUCCACGAGGAUGUGGUCCAGAGCUCUCUGAUCGCUCUCCUCAGCGCUGCUAGCAACUUCACGGGUAGUCGGAGAGGGAGCCCGGUAGUCCCCAAAGCUGUCGUUGACGGCGCCAAUGGGUCCGCAAAAGUACCUGAUAUCAUCAACGUCCUCGAGGCGAAGGCAGAUGAAUUGUGAUUCGAAAGGACUGUCCAUGGAUUCGGCAUGGCAGAAUAUCUAGCGGGACGAGGAAGAACACGUUCCUCGGCUCAAUGGUUCCGGGAAUCGAAAAGGCAUCUAGGUUCGGAAAAGUCUGGUCGUAGCACCCUGUCAGCACAGGAGCGCUGUUUGAGAUUACUUGACAAUUCAUUUACAUAGUGUUUGGUAAUUCACUUCA